GUUAAACAAGCGAAGUGGAAAGAGCAGAAGAUACCUGCUUCUCGUCCUCUGUCAAAGAAGGGGCGAGAGAGUGACCUACUUCGAAAAAAUUAGAACGUUGAAACCGAUUCUCUGGAAUUCCAGUGCAUGAUCAUAUCGCGAAAUUUUGGGAUUUUAAUUUAAUGGUGGACGAUCAACAAAAAUAGUCGCUUUCCUUUCUCAAGAAUCAGACGGUCCAGACUUCGAAGCGCCAACAACUGGGAAUUUAUAAGAUCAUCCCUCCGAUGAAUUUUGAGGCCCCAGUCAGUCGCGGAAGAAGAUCCAGCAAGAAGCCAAAAUUGGUGGAGAAUAUGGCAAUCCCUUUGAUUGAAGCAGUGGACGUGGAAGCUUUCAAUUGCACACCCAUCUGGGAUAAGGGCACAAGCAAAUCCAAUGCAAUCUCUGUCGAGCAGUACACCCACGAUCGAGACCUCCACCUCUCGAUCACGGCUUCUCUAGGUAAAGCAAAGCCUUCCCUGAAAACCUUCAUCGACCUUUCCGACGGCGAUGACGAUGACGAGGUGAGAAUUCUUAGGUUUCAGCCUAAAAACACUCCUUUCGGGAAACGAAGGAAGUCCAGGGAUCCAACUGUUCCCACUUUUGAAACAGGGGAAUCUUCCAGUUCUCAACCAUUUGUUUGCGAAAUCUGUGCUGAUGCCAAGACUGCCAACGAGUCGUUUAGCAUCAGUGGUUGCUCUCACGCUUACUGUAUAGGCUGUGUGAUUAUGUAUGUCGCAACAAAGCUACAAGAAAAUGUUGUGAACAUAAGAUGUCCAGUGCCAGCGUGUGGAGGACUGUUGGAGCCUGAGGAUUGCCGCGGGAUUCUUCCUCCGGAAGUGUUCAAUAGGUGGGGUGAUGCCUUGUGUGAGGCUGUCAUACCGGCGGAAGAGAAGUUUUACUGCCCAUAUAAAGACUGUUCUGCGCUGCUCAUUGAUGAUGGAGGAGAAAGGACUAUCACAGAGUCGGAGUGUCCGAACUGUGGGAGACUCUUCUGUGCCAAGUGUAUGGUGCCGUGGCAUUCAGGAAUUGAUUGCGAUGAGUUUCAGAAAUUGGGCAAGGACGAGAGAGAGGAGGAAGAUAUAAUGCUGAUGCAACUUGCUCAGAACCAUAAGUGGAGGAGGUGUCCCCACUGUAGGUUCUACGUCGAAAAGUCCUCUGGGUGUCUCUAUAUGAAAUGCAGGUGUGGAAUUGCCUUCUGCUAUAACUGCGGGACGAUUUCAAGAGAUAAUUCCCAUUAUUGCCAUACUUGUAGACGCUAGCGACGCUUGGAGCAAGCUAUGCUAUGCAGUAAUCUGUGAUUUUGCCUGUGAGGAGUUCAUAUGUAAAUAUAGAAGACUGCUAGCUAGUUUACUACCUCCUCUCCCAUCCUUCAUGGAUGGAAUUUAUGCCUGCUUUGACACCAAAAUAGCUACUCUAAUAACAGUUGAGGUGAUCUUGGGUAUAGUGUCUACAAUGUUGUGGCUUAA